AUGGCGGCUACCGUUGGUCCCUUGCUCAACGGCAAUAUGCCAGUAGUGCGUCACUUGAAUGAGGCGCUCGAGUACGAGAAGAUCUUGAAACUACGCGAUGAGGUAUUCGCGGGUAAUCAUCCUCGACUGACAGUACCUGCGCAUGCUGUUCAGCAUCCUUCUGCUCAGUCUCAGUCUCAGUCCUCGUCCCAGUCUUACUUGAACAUUCCUCCCACAUACCCUCCCAGUGCCUCGCAGACCCAUUCUGCGAAUCUCCAGUCCAAGCGUGAAGAGGAAGCCACAAGAUCUCAGAAACAACUCAAUGGAGGAUUCACCACUUCCACUCAACCUGCCAGUAAUGUUUCUGAAUUUGACCCUGUUCUUUUGACCAAAUCAGAUGAUCUAGUCCGGGCUGAAACUCAAUUGAAAAGACAGCGCCUAGAAAAGGCCUUGAAAGACCAGUUCGAGCAGAAGAGAUUGGAUGCUCGCAAGAAGCCGGCCCCUGCAGAGGCAAAACCCGAUUUUGAUUUGCAGGCCAUGCUCACAAAAGCCUCUGAUAUUGUCAAACCCUCCUCAGCCAAGGAUGACGCCGACGCCUCAGACUCCCUGGAUGAGAAUUCCUUCUACUCUAGUAGAGCACCCGAUUCUGUUCAGGACGGGCCCAGCUCUUCAGGAGGAGAAGAAGACGGUGAAGCUGACCAAACAUCAGGUCCUCGUGUGAGUGCCGUUAUGGGAGAACCCCUUCAAAUGGACGACGACGCCGAUGCCCUAGCUUACAUCCGACAUUCACCACCCCGGAUCCCAGAUCCAAUUAAGCACAAUGUCCCCGUUGACCAUGCCAUCAUGGAUUUGGAUGAUGAAGAGGAGGAAGGAGAAUAUUCACCACCAGAGGCAACAGAGCAGUAUCCCACGAACAGCAAUACCCUUCCUGGAGCUAUGCAAGAUAGUCGAGAUCCACGAGGUCGCCCUUUGCGCAGAUACUCAGAAGCAGGUGACAACGGGAGGAGAGCCGCUUCUCCUGCUGAAGCCAAUAUGCGCAUUGUAAGAAACCAUAUCACAUCUCCCAUUGCCCCUCAACCAUCACGUGUGUCUCCUCUUGCUGUAGCUAAGGAUCAACCUUUUUCACAGAAUGGUCGUCAAAUGCGGACCCGUCGAGCACAACAGCAAGGUUCUCCACCUAGCCCAGAUGAUUCUCAGUCGUUGCCAGCCCGGAAGAAACGAAAAGUCGAAAGGCCAAGGAGGACUCGUCGAAAUGGUGGUCUCUCGCCAGAUGCUUUCAUUAAGGAAGAAAAUGUCUCGCCUCCACCAUUUCAUGACGUCCAGCCUCUUGGGUCUGGAAGACCGCGCCCUGCUGCUUCCGAGCGACCGAUCAUUGUCGAAGAUGACGAACCAGUUCAACAAAUUCGUUAUAUGCCACCACCCCCAACACGGUAUGUGGAAUCUCCCUUACGACCACUCCCACGACAAGUUGAGCAAUUGAUGCCCUUGAGUGAGCCUCGCGUAUCGUCCAGAGCCAGUAUGAGACCUGUUAGAGACGAUCAAGACUUGCGUCGUGUGGCCAGUCUGCACAACAUGCGAUCCGAGGCAACUCGAGACUAUGUAGAGCCAUACUACGAGUCUCCUCUUCGUGCCCGAGCAGCAUCUUACGCGAGAACUGGAAGUCCUGCACUCAUGGAAUCACCUCGACAACCCCGUGAUAUCCCGAUCGAGUACGACCAACCUCCACAGGAGGUGAGAGUGAUGCGAACACCAGCCCCAGUCUACCGCGAAGUGUACGAUGAUGGUGAGGGUGGCUACCGAUAUGCCGCGGAACCGAUGCCACCACCACCACCUCCUAUGGAGAGAAUAGUGGUUGAUCAAUAUGGCCGAAAAUUUCGAGAGAUCAUUGCGCCUGAGCGUCCUUCUGUGGCCCCCAGAGCAAUGUCGGUUCGACGAGGUGAGCCUGAACCACUUUACGAAAGUUAUCAAUCACCACGAGCAAGUUCAGUCUUUGUCGAUUCUGGUCCAGAACGAUCUUAUGCAGCAGAAAUGCCACCGCCGCAGAUCACCUACCGCCGUCUGGGGGAACCGGGUCGGAGCUCAGCUGUUCCUGUGUCCGCCACACGAGAAUAUCAUGAUCCUUCACAACUAGCUAGACCCUCCAGCGUUCAAGUUGUGGACCGGGCCUCUCGUCAACCCGUUUAUGCGGAUGAUCGGGCCGAGUUUCGAGAGCCGAUACGUAUGUCAAGUGUGAGACCCGUUGCAAGCAGAUACGAGGAAUCACGACCCGUGGAAAUGUUGACUCGUGGUCAAAGCGUGCGUCCCGCAGCUCGUGAAGGUAGCGUGUUUGUUGAUGAUAGGCCCCGGGUUCACCAGGAAUAUCUUCCCAUAGAACAGCCGAGAUAUCGCGCGGUGGAGCCGGAGAAGCGAUUUUUCGAUGCACAAGGAAGAGAGGUCAUUAUGCCUAUGAUGGACACCCUUGUGGAUGCCCCUAUGGAUGGCAGGCAUAGAGUGAUGGAGAGAUAUUGA